AUGAGGAGACAUCGAACUUCGUCCUCAAUAGACGAAAAUGACACUAAUUCAACUUGUAAACAUCAAAAGAAGGAUCCAAUAGUAUCCCCAGCUUCGUUUCAAGAGUUUCGGCAGUUUACCGUUCACGAAUAUCCCAAUUUGUCAUUUCUUGGGCCCACAUCCAUGGCUGUGUACUGGUUUCGGACCUACCUCAAGGAAGAUUGGAUACGAUGCAAUGUGGUGUCAGAAGCUCCUCCACGGCGGCGACGCAACAACAAAACAAAACAUCGCCGCAAGAAAGGAGGAAACUUUCUUCACAUUCCGAAGGCAUAUACCACCACCGGAUUGAAUGAAAAAUUGACCAUCCAAGAUAUUCUACACAUUGGUACCGCUGGGAAGCAUUAUGCCAACUCCUACAUUGGGUUGUACAAUAUGAUACGACAAUAUGGUAUCUUUUCGCGAAGUGAUAAUUGGCAAGUUCACAUGACAGGGUACAAUUGUCCAGAUUUGCCAGCCCAAUAG